UCCCUCAGUGGGAAAUAUUCUAGAUGUGUUUUACAUUGUUUUAUACACAUUUCCCCACAAUUUGGUGUCUUUGGAAAGAUUUGCAUCGGCCUAUGUUUACACUGUAGUAACUGAAAAAAACUGGGCCUAUAGAUCUUCAGCUACACAACAUCUUUUAGUCUUAAAAUUAGUCAAACGACUCAAAAAUAAGAGACAGUACUUCAAAGUUGAAUAAAAAAACACUCAGUCAGACAGAGUUCAGUGCAAUAUUAGAUUUACUGUGCAAAUAGCAUAAUACAGUAAACCGAGUCUUGGUUCAUGAAGCAAAAACCUAAAAACCGAAUAAGAAACCAUCACCUUAUAUACUCUGGAGAGUGCCUCCCAAUGUGGAGCUUCAGGGUUCCUCCCAUGUCACAAAGUCCAGGUAAUUUCCACCAUUAACACCUCUUCAGUGGACAGUCCCUGGCAUUUGUUCAACAAGAGGCUUAUGUGCCUUUAUUGAUUACACUUACAUAUUGGUUUAUAAUGAAACUUCACCUAACACACACAAAAUAGCUUUUUUUAACAUUAAGGCAAGUUACUUCACCUCUUUUUCAUCUCCUCCUCACCUUAUUUCACCCUGCUCCCCCAUCAUGCUCCUGUGGGCAAGUAAGCAAGUCCCUUAUCUUCAUCUUGACAUGUUUAUGACAUUCCGUUUAUGCCAACACCUUAUGAUAUCUUCUGGUGGGCUUCACCCCUGCCAACAUCAGGCUCUGGCUGGUACCUGUGUCCACUCAUGCUCACAAUUUUGGCAAAACACACACACAACACGGUCCACGUUGCCUAUAAAUCAUCAUGACCUGCUCAUGCCCUUUCUGUAAGAGACACAGACUUCAUACACUCACAUCACCUCUUCACCUGAUACAAAGACACACAUAUAUUAACUCAUUUUGUUAGGAUUAAGUGUAUUAUAUGCAUAUACCAUGUUAAUCACAAAAAACCCCCACUACAACACUGAUGGAGUUUUAAGUGAAAUAUUUAAGAAUAUUUAAAGAAAAGGAAAGAAAUCAAGAUUAGGUUCUCUCGAGUCAGUAUUACAUAAUACUCCAGGUGUGUAUUUAAGGGUUAAAACAAUCUAAAACUUCUUAUACUUCAACUUCAUGGAGAAGUAUAAGAAGUGUGGUUUGAGUAAAAUACUGUAAAUGAGUAGAAUUCAACACUCAGGUAAUACUUCUGUUUAAAAUUAUCCCUCGUUCAUAUCACAUGUCAUUGUGCAUUUCUUUUGGUCAAGAGUGACUCAUUCAUUCAAAUCACACACCCAUUACAGUGAGACAGACAGAGAGAGAGAGAGAGAGAGAGAGAGAGAGGGAUGGAGAGAGAGGGGAACAGCCACCUACUGAAUGCCAAACUUGAGGCCAACCUCUCUCUUCUCCUCCCAUCUCAUUCUUUCCUACAUGGGCACUCAGAUGAGUUUGCAGACAGCGCAAUAACAGGCUGAACAGUGCUGGAGAACUCAGAGAGACACUCUGAUCACAAGUUUACCAAGGAAACUAACAGAGAGAUCAUCAGACAUCCUCGGAGCACAGUCUUCUCUUUUUCCGACCCACUUAAAAAGCAGAUAGGUGCAAUGGCGACACCCAAAAACACUCCCAGAGGUGCAAACACACCGCUGUCCCCCAACCGCAUCACCCGGCUCCAGGAGAAGGAGGACCUGUGCAACCUCAAUGAUCGUCUGGUUGUCUACAUCGACAAGGUCCGCUCUCUGGAGACCGAGAAUGCCGGCCUGCGUAUGCGCAUCACAGAGUCUGAGACAGAGAUCAGCCGGGAGCUGACGGGCCUUAAGGCUGCCUACGAGACCGAGCUGGCGGAUGCCCGUCAGACCCUGGACUCGGUGGCCAAAGAGCGAGCACGUCUCCAGCUGGAGCUGGGCAAGCUGAGAGAGGACUACAAGGAGCUGAAAGCCAGAAACGGCAAAAAGGAGUCAGAUCUGGCAGGAGCGUUGCAGAGGCUCAAAGACCUGGAGGCCCUGCUGAACUCGAAGGAUGCGUCUUUGACUACGGCUUUGGGGGAGAAGCGUAACCUCGAUGUGGAAAACAGGGACCUGAAGACGCAGGUUGCCAAACUGGACACCACUUUGGGUGAUGCCAGGAAGCAGCUGCAGGAUGAGAUGCUGAGGAGAGUAGACGGAGAGAAUCGCAUCCAGACUCUCAAAGAGGAGCUGGAGUUUCAAAAGAACCUGCACUCUGAGGAGCUGCGGGAGACGAAGCGACGCCAUGAGUCUCGUAUGGUCGAGUUGGAUAACGGUCACCAGCAAGACUUUGAAAGCAAGUUGGCGGAGGCUUUGGCCGAGAUGCGUGGUCAGCAUGAACUGCAGAUUAAAAUGUACAAGGAUGAGAUUGAGAAGACCUACAAUACUAAGCUGGAGGGUGCACGUCAGUCGGCGGACAGGAACAGCCACCUGGUGGGAGCGGCACACGAGGAGCUUCAGCAGACUCGAAUCCGCCUGGAGUCCUCGUCUGCUCAGCUCAGCCAGCUGCAGAAACAGCUGGCGGCUCGUGAGGCAAAGGUGAGGGACCUGGAGGACGCCCUGUCUCGAGAGCGGGACACCACGCGUCGCCGUCUGGGAGAGAAAGACAGAGAAAUGGCCGAGAUGAGACAGCAGAUGCAGCAGCAGCUGGACGAAUAUCAGGAGCUUUUGGAUAUCAAGCUGGCCCUGGAUAUGGAGAUAUGUGCCUACAGGAAGCUACUGGAAGGAGAGGAAGAGAGGCUGCGUCUCUCCCCCAGCCCCCCACCGACCAGAGUAACAGGAAGUCGUUCCUCUACUUCAGCAGCUCACUCUCGGUCAGUCCACUGCAGCGGUCACAGUACUCCAGGCAAGAGGCGCCGCCCCAAUGACACCGACAGCGAGGCCUCCAGCUUUGCAGGAGGAGCUGUGGCCCGCACUCGUAUCACUCAGCAGGCCUCUGCCAGCGGACGGGUCACUGUGGAUGAAGUGGACCUGGACGGGAAAUACGUCAGACUCAGCAACAAAGCAGAUGAGGAUCAGAAUUUGGGCAACUGGCAGGUGAAGCGGCAGGUAGGAUCUGGUGCACCCAUCGCAUUCAAGUUCCCUGCUAAAUUCACCUUGAGGGCCGGCCAGAGGGUCACGAUCUGGGCCUCUGGUUCUGGUGGAACCCACAAUCCUCCCUCUGACCUGGUAUGGAAGACUCAGAACUCCUGGGGCACCGGAGACUUCUUCCAGACCACCUUGAUCAGUGCCAAUGGAGAGGAAAUGGCAAUGAGGAAGGUCACCCGCACACAGUUUGAAGAGGAAGAUGAUGACAUGCAGGUGGCUCACAGCACCUGUGGCGACGGCGAGUACAACCUGAGGAGCCGGACGGUGGUGUGCGGCUCCUGCGGCCUUCCUUCAGACAAAUCCAGCAACUGCUCCGUGUCUUCAGCUUCCCGCUCCUUCCGCAGCGGCGGCAUCUCCGAAGGUUUACUGCCGCAGUCCUACGUGUUCAGCGCCAGCACACCUCGCAAGAGUGGAAGCAGAAUGGAGAGCUGUCCAGUCAUGUGAGCUCCGGGAUUGAUGUCGGAGCUUCUAAACUCUAUUAGUUCUUAGUUAUUAGUUAAGUUACUAGUUGUAGUUAUUAAGUUCAAUUCAUGUAUUUUGGAAUCAUUUUCAAGAAUAGUAUGCAAUAAAGAUGUAUACUGCUUUUUUAUAAUGUACAUAGGCAAGCUAAAUAUUGUCACCUUUGUAUUGGUGACAUUCAGGGUUGGAAACUUUCUACAUGGCAGCAAAAAAUUAAGCUACAGUUACUUUAACACUCAAACAGAUUAAAACUUCUGUUUGGACACUAUUUUGACAGCAGUGUUUGCUGGUAAAAUAAAAGCUAAAGUAUUGUCUUGAACUAUUCCUAUCAAUAAAGUCUAAUCAUAUUUUCAUUACCCCCUAAAGACACAUUGACACAGCAGGGUUGUAGAAAAUUCAAAAGAAAUGUUAAUUGUUUUCAAAAAAUAAAUUGAAUUUUGAACUCAGUUGUAAAAUGACCCCAGCCGUGCUACAGGUCUAUUUUGUGUAUUUUUGCUGAUAUCAAUAAACAUAUUUUCAGAAAUCUGGUUGAUUUGUCUUUUUGUAAUGAUAAUGAUUUGAUCAAAUCAUGGAUUACUUGCAGUGUUUGGUGUGUUUCUGUAGCGUAAACAUGUUAUGAUGGACGGGAUAUUUUAAUUGUGGGGUGAAAUUUAUCUGACUGACUGUAAUUAAUUUGCACAGAUGGUUAUUUUUC